AUGUCGUCCCAGCUCCUGCGCAGCUUCGGGACAGCCCUUCAUCCCAAGUUCUCCCUGAAGGAGCUUCUAUCCUUGGAGCGGCCAAACAAGGCGAAGCUGCGAGCUGCGCUCCCAAAUUCGGCCUUGGAGGGGUUCGAGUCCCUGAAGCUGCUGCAAGAUCUCAAGCGGGCGAAGAGGGCGGAUCUGGUCUGCUUGGUCUUCGAGAUCCAAUCUGAGAAGGUGCGGCCGAGCACAAAGCAUCUCAACCUCGCCGUGAGUGCCUGCGCCUCUGGGCAACGCUGGGCACAGGCUUUGUCACUGCUCUGGUCCGCGGGGAAAGUUGGUGUGACUCCGAAUGUCGUCACGCUGAGUGCGGCUCUCAACGCUUGCGAGCGAAGCAGCCGAUGGCAGCUGGCUCUGCGGGUUUUUCACAGCCAGUAUGAACUGCAAGUGGUGCCUGAUGUCAUUAUCUACAACUCUGCAAUCAGCGCCUGUGAGCGCGGGGGUCAGUGGCAGAAGGCAUUGCACCUCUUUGCCGAGAUGACCACAGCCGGUGUGAGCCGAGACACGAUCACUUACAAUGCCACCCUAAGCUCCCUGCAGAAAGCCGGACAGUCCCAGAAGGCCUCUGAGCUUUUCGACUCCAUGCCAGCCUCACAGGUUUCCCCAGACCUCAUCAGCUACAACACGACCAUAAGCGCAUGCGAAAAGAGCGGACAUUGGCAACGAGGUCUCCGCCUUCUCCAUGGAAUCAGCAGUGCUGGAUUCCGCCCUGAUGUCGUCAGCUACAGCGCUGCCAUCAGCUGCUGUGAGAAGGCCACCCGUUGGAUGCUCGCCCUCCGGCUUCUGAAUGAGAUGCCCCAUGAAGGUGUGCCGCCAAACAGCAUCAGCUACAACGCAGCCAUCAGCGCCUGUGAGAAGGGGGGACCCUGGGAGUUGGCCUUACGACUUCUUGCGGCGAUGCCGCAAUCCCGGCUGUCACCAACUGUCGUCAGCUACAGCGCGGCUCUGAGCUCCUUGGAGAAGAGAUCCCUGUGGCAGUUCGCCCUGAAGAUUUUCCAAGAGAUGUCUGAAGCUGACGUUACGCCUAACUCCGUGAGCUACAGGGUAGCACUCUCUUCUUUCCAGAAAGCGGGCCAGUGGCAGCUGUGCCUUCAGCUGCUGCAGGCCCUCCCAGGAGAAGACUCGCCCGACCUCUAUGCCUACAGCUUGGCCAUGAGUUGCUGCGAGAGAGCCCAUCGCUGGGAGGCUUCGAUUCAGAUCUGGGAGUCCUUGUGGCAAGCCAAGGUGACCCCGGAUACUGUCUGUUUGAAUGCUUGCAUCACUUCCUGCUUUCGAGGUCUUUGCUGGCAGCAGGCCAUCAACCUUCUUCACGCCAUGCCACGUGCCCAAGUCGCCGUGGACGUCGUCAGCUACAAUGCGGCCAUGACCGCUUGCACGCGGGGAAAGCUUUGGCAGCUGGCCUUGCGACUGCACUCCACCAUGCUGGAUGCGAAGAUGUCUCCUGAUGUCAUUAGCUACAGCGCUCUCCUAGACUGCGUGCCCGACAAGCGCAUUCGGCGAGCCCUCGGUGAUGAUUUCCGAGACAUCGCUCGGCUUAAGGCUUAG